AUGACUUAUUGGAUGGGGUGGGACUGCCUGAUGGUGGGGUCACCCUGUAUGGUGCCUCUCUGGCUGCCUCUCUUGCUACCAUGCUACCUGCCUGGCAUGGGCCUCUCUGACUACCUCUCUCUCUACCUCUCUCCCUGCCUCUCUCCCUGCCUUACUGCCUGCCUUACUGCCUGCCUUACUGCCUGCCUCGCUGCCUGCUUGCUGCUGCCUCGCUGCCUGCCUCCGCUGCCUGCCUCGCUGCCUGCCUCACAUGGGGCCUCUGGGGCUGCCUCACCCGGCACUGGGCUGCUACCAACCCUGGCUGGAUCCACCUCCAGCUCUGCCUAA